AUCCAGUUUAUUAUAGAAACUGUGAUAAAAAGCUGAUUGUGAAAUAAGAACGGCUGAAAGUUAUUGUGGCCGUACCUAUAGGCGAAAUGUAUCACUUCGAUUUAUGUAUAUUUUGUAUCAUAGCUGCUAUUAUUAACACGGUGGACAAUAAGAGAUACGAUAUUGAAGAAGAAAGUAAGAAGGAGUAUGGAAUGGACUUUGAAAACAUCCUGCGACAGUUUCGAAGAUCAGACGAUUACGUCAAAAUAUUGAAAAUGAGGACAAAAGAAUUUAAUGUGUUUUUUGGGGACGUAGUCUACCACAGCUUAGAUUAUCAUCAAUCUAAAAUGAAAGCGGAGAUGCAAAAAGCAUUUGGCCUCAACUCCCCUACAGACGUACCAACAAUAACUCUUAAAACAGAAUCAACCACCGUUUGCAUCCCUGGGGAUUCAGGACAAAAAACCUGUCCACCACCGGAUAAGGCUUCCACAGUUCCGGCCAGCCGCCAAUUGUUGUACGAAGCCAAAGCCCGUCUUCUGAAAUCAAAGUAUAACGGGCGCCGUCAAGCUGGAGCGCAGGCGAUCGAAAAGUCGCUGCAGAAAGUUAAGCACAUCGACGAACACCCCUUCCUCAGCUCCCACCUGACCGUGGAGGAGCGGAACUACUAUAAGAGCCUCGCAUUCGAAUACGCUGGAGAAACUAUUCACACUACAAUUAGGGCAUUUGGAGCGGAACCGGUGGAUGUACAUGGGAGCACCCAAAUGAACAUCGACGGUAUAACUAGCACAACACACAUGUUGAGACACAUAGUAAGCCGGGGCCAAGAAAAUGCUAGUGAUGCAAGGAACAACAGAAAAUGAAGCACGAAAAUCGCACAAAGUCACUAAAAGAUACCUUUUAGUAUCGAAAAAAGAUUAUCCAUCGAUUAUCAGGGAUGGUUAGAUCCUACCCUUUUGAAACUAAUUGUUUAAUGAUAAUAUAAUAUUAUUUAAAAGAUGAUUUUA